GAGGAUUAGAUAUUGUUGGUAAUAACUUUGGCAAAAGCACUGAAAGACAGUAAUUUGUCCUAAAAUGUGGGCCUUCUUGGUGCUCACUCUUACCCUCACUGUGAGGGCGUCAGAAAAUAACAACACAGCAGCUGAAGAAAAACUUGUCAUAGCCAGAGGUAAACUGCUGGCUCCCAGUGUGGUCGGAUGAGGCAUAAAGAAAAUGCCUGAGCUCCAUCAUUUUCUCAUGGAGCGCUGGGCUCUGUACCACAACUUGGAGUAUGAUUCAUCAGAGGAGAAGAAUCCCCGUCUGAUACUGUAUAACGAAAAGGACGAGGUUGUAAAGACUGUUCCUGUGAAGAAAAUGAAGGCAGACGAGAUCAGCAGCCUGUUAGACUCACUGGGUUUCUACAAGAGGUCCCAGAAAGGGGAAGAGGUGCCAGAGGAGUUCCAGCAUUUCCCCCUGCGCGCCCCCAGGGACGAGCUGUGACGACACCUUGUGGCCAAACUCUGCCACUGCACCCGGGUAGCAUUAAUGACGUGUGGGGCUCCAAGGCCAAAAUGAUAAGCCAGGCACCAUUCUGAGGACUUGCUGGCCGGAUGCUGUGUGCAGGGUGUUAGUCAAUGAUGUGUCAUUCUGUUAAUAUGCUGAAUUUAAAUCAAUAGCAAAAACUGGCUGUAAAACACCACAAUAAAUGUUUGGAUGGAUCA